CAACACUUGGGCUUCUACUGGAGAAAAGAACAAGCAUUUAGAGAGAUUGCAAUAAAAGAUGGCUGCCAUUCAGGCUGAUGAGACCCAUGAGAUGCUCACUGCGUACCAGCUAAAGACUUUGAACCCGCAGUCGUGGGAGAGCUCGAUAGAUAACGAAGUUGUUACUGAGUUCACACACCGUGAAGGCGAGGAUACCGCUUAUGAUAUGUUUUUGGAGUUUGUUAACAGGGAUUUUGAUCUCAGCAAGAGCGGAAAGCCUGUUGAUGCGCUAAACCCUUCGAGAACGUUACAAGUGGAUGGUAUUGAUGGUGGUGACUUGGCGAAGUUGAACACGUUGAGCAAGCGGUUCAAUCCGAAGCAGUUUCUCAAAGUUGUGCAUGCAAAGGACUCGUUUGACCAGUUGAAGCACGGGUUGGAAGUGUUAGACGACUCGCUUGACUACAAAAACAAGGAACUACAGCAGUUGAUUGAAAGAGAGGCGAUCCAGUUCGUUAGAUCGAAAUCCGGGUUGGAUUCUAUCCUCCAACAGUUCCAAACAGGUGAUAUCGGUAAGAACGAUGAAGGGUUGAAGAAUUUGAAAGCUAGUGUCAACGCUGCAGCCAAAGAGGGGACUCUGUUGGUGAAGCCUGUUAUCUCUAGUAAACAGAAAAUCAUUAGGCUCAAGCAGUCGAUUGAGUUCAUUGAAAAGAAAAAAGGGUUCUUUGACUUACCGAAACAGUUGAAGACCUAUCUCCAGGACCAGGACUAUGAUAACUUUGUUCAUGAUUAUAAACAAAAUAAAGCAUUGAAGGAAAAGGACAACUCUAGAACUAUAUCGAGGGUCUGGGAAGAAGUUGAGGAGAUUGCAGAUACCUAUAAGCGCAAACUAUGGAGCGAUCUGAAUACAAGCGAUAAGAGUGAUGACUUUUUAAGAUCUAUCAAGAAGUUGAUGGAAUUGGAUGUCAUUGAUAACCCGGUUCUUCUUUGGAUUGAUAUCAAUACAAAAAAAUCUACAGUCAACUUUAUUGAAACUUUCUCCAGAUACCACGAAAAGACGCUAAACCUCCAGAUAAACAUUUUGUCAACCUUGAUAUCCCCAGAUUUGUACAAUUUCAAGAAAUUCUUCACUGGAAACUCUCAACUCCUUGAUUCACCAAUCGUCACAGAGGUUUGGCUCAUGUUGGGAAAGAUGUGGGAAGUUUUAAAGGCCGAAGUUUUGGAUUUCGUCGCCUUCUGGCACCACGUUGAAAAUUUCAUGAAUGGAUCGUAUUUCCAAAGAUUGAGAUCUGGGUACAUAGAUAAUAACUCCCCGUUCUUACGUUUAGAGGAUUACGAAAUUGAAGAGAUCAGGGCUAAGGGACAAGACCACGUUGUUCAAAUAAUCAAGAAGCUUGCCGAUUUCUUCCACUCAACACAUCUAUCAUUGAACUUGGACGUUAAAGGAGAAGCUUCAUUGGCAAGUUAUGGAUUUAUUCCACCUUUUACAAACUCUCUGAGUACGUUGAAAUACUUGCCUGGCAUUGCGGGAAAUGUUUCAGAGAUGUUGAACGAACUAGGACAAUUGUCGAUAACUACAAAAUCCAUUGAGAUGCUUAGGGGAUUAUCUCUUGAGAUUAACGAGAGAAUCAUAAGUGCUGUAUGCACAGCGUGGGUCAACGAUUGUCAUACCAUUUACAGAUUAGAGGAUUGGGCAAGAUUGGACUCUGGUGAAACCUCAUUACCAAACUCCAUCCUACAAUUUGAAACACACGUUGUUGAAAAGAUUGGGGAAUUAUUGUUUACCAAGUUACCUGAAGGGAAAGAUGUUCAGAUUGUGAGAUACCCUUCAAAGAAGAUAUUAACUGGAGUUCAAAUUCAAUUCUUAGGCUCCUUUGAUAUCUUAUUGGAGAGUAUGAUCAAAAAGGUUAUUGAGGAGAUUCACGACCCCAAAAUUUCCAAACAUUUGAAGACACACCAUCAGUUAUUGACGUUAUUAAACAUCAAGAAGAUGUCAUCGACAGUUGUCCCCACGUCUAUUGAUAAAUUUGAUGCAGUUUUUGAAACGAAGUUACGCAGCGAAAACUUGGAGAUUUACUCUCUUCUAACAAAGAUGGAACACACUAUUCUCGACACAUAUAUGGGUGAACAGAAAAAGGCCAUAUCUACGAUUCUUCAAAGGGGCAUUGCAUCGACAGAUUGGGCAGGUAUAAGCUCUAACCCAUCAAAGGUUUCAUCCUUUGUCUAUGAAGCGCUAAAUGUUCUCGUCACCGUUCAUACCGGUGUCGUGAGUGUCUCCACCGAGCUCAUCGGGAUGAUAAUGAGAGAACUGGUUGAAUUUGUCUCUGCACGUUUACUCGAAGAUUUUAGAAAUGUCACUGUGUUUUCCUCAGAAGGCUUAGGCCAGGUGUUCCUCGAUGUUGAGUUCUUUAAGAAUAUUGUCGGCAGAUCGGCCACGAACGCCACUUUGAACAACAUCAAGUUGAUAUACAAGACGAUUCUAACAUCAAACGUUGAUAUGAACCACAUAGUGGCUACCAAUUCCGAGGUGUUGACUGGAGCUUUGGGGGCUUCAAGUAUAGAGUACACUGUCUUCAACUCUUGA